AUGGAAAAGGUUUGUAAAGGAUGGAAGUUUACGUCGAACCACUUAUCUGAUGAGGAUGGCCGUAUUGUGAUAAUUUGGAAGGAACCCAUUGAAGUUCGAGUCCUGCAUCAAUCGCGUCAAACCGUUACCUGUGAGGUCAACAUUGCAAACAAGAUUCAAUUCGUAUUUACAGCUGUUUACGCUUCCAACUUAAGAGAGGAAAGAACUGACCUGUGGGUGGAGCUCUUACGGUUGCAACAGAUGUUCUCCCUGGAUACUUGCCCGUGGUUAGUAGGUGGUGACUUUAAUCAGAUCAUUCAUCCUCAGGAGCAUUCAUCUUCUACUGUAAACGGCCUGUCUGCAUCGAUGACAGAACUUAAAGACUGUUUAUCACAAAUGGAUCUGUUUGACCUCAAGUUUCAAGGCACUCUCUAUACUUGGAGUAAUAACCAACCUGCGGGCCCAAUAGCUAAGAAGUUGGAUCAUGUACUUGUCAAUGACCACUGGCUUACCAUCUUCCCCGAUAGUGUAGCUACCUUCCUUGUUCCCCUACCUUCUGACCAUUCUCCCAGCUUAGUAGAUCUUGCCUAUCAGCUCCCCAAAGCUAGUACUAGACCUUUCAAGUUCUUUAACUACCUCACCAAACAUCCAAAUUUUCACCAGUUGGUACUUGAGUCUUGGAUUCAGGCCGGAAGCUUUGCGGAUAACUUAAAAGAUCUCUGUUGGAAGCAAAAGAUCAUUAAGGGAGACCUAAAAACUAUUAAUAGAGAGAACUUUUCACAAAUACAAGAGAGAGUGAGUGCUACUAACCGUUUGUUGCAAGAUGUGCAGGUACAAGCUUUGAGUGACCCUUCCCCAAUCACCUUCCAGCGUGAGCGAGACCUGCAUUUACAAUGGAACUUUCUCAGAGGGAUUGAAGAAAGCUAUUUCAGGCAGAAGUCCAGGGUAAAUUGGCUAAAGGAGGGAGACCUUAAUACCUCUUACUUUCAGAAAGUCUGCCAGGCGCGAGCGAGUUAUAAUACUAUACAGUCUUUCCUUCUUGACUCUGGGGACCAAAUUGAAGAUCCAAUAGAGAUGAGUGAACUGGCCAUUGCACAUUUCCAAUCCAUCUUAGCCCCUGCGUCUUCCCUUCAUACAGUCUGGUCGUCUUAG